GCGCCCGGCGCAGCCGAGCUCUGCCUCGUGACUCCGCACGCUCGGAGCUGGCAGCGCCUCCUCGGAGCCGAAGCCCGGGCGGCCUCGGCCGUCCCAGGCCGGGCUGCGAAACAUUCCUUAAAUGUACAAACCAUCCCCGGGCUCACGGGCGGCUCGAUGCUUAAUCCGCCCGGGAAGCCGGCCCACGGCGGGAGCGGGGCCGCGCCGAGCCGCGCCGGCUCUCGCGGCCGGCAGGGCUGGAGGGGGGCAGGCGCCCGGGGCCCGUCCCGCCGCGGCGUUCCCCGGCGCGGGCUGCGCGCGGAUGGGGCUCACCGGCCGGCGCCCGGCCGGUUUCGAAGGCGUCGCCGAAGCGGGACCCCGCUGUCGUUGCAGGUUGAGGGUCCCCCGGUCGGCGGCGUUGGCGUCCCCGGGCAGAAGAUGGCUCAGCCCGCGCACCUGAACCAGAACCUCCCAGAUCUCGGGGGCCCGUUCUUGUACAGGGACCAGGACGAUGGGGAGAAGAGCUCGUAUUCGGUGGAAACCCCCUACGGCUUCCUCUUGGAUCUGGAUUUUCUGAAAUAUGUCGAUGACAUCGAAAGCGGCCAAACGCUCAAGAAAGUGCCGCUGCCUCGGAGGGCGAAGGCGGCCAGGCAGCAGCCCGGCGCCCUGCGCAGCCCCAGCAGCCAGGCCAGCGGCUGGACGUCCACCGAGUCCCUCACCUCCACGACCAGCGAGGAGGGGAGGACCACGGUCCUGCUGUCGCCACGUGCCCGGGCGCCCCUGGAGACUCGGGAGCCCCCGAGCAAACAAGUCUCCCACCCUGUGUCUCCGACGCCGGCGCUACGGCUGCUCCCCCCGCCUGCCCGCAAGUGCCUCGUGCAAAACCCCCGGGUGGAGAAGACCUUGCUGGAGACGAGCAGAAGGCUGGAGCAGGAGCAGGGCCAUUUGCUGGAAAGCGGGAACGUCAUCGAGCCCGGACCACCUAGUCCCUCCCAGGGCAGCAGCUCGGCCGGCCCCGGCGGGGCGCCCGUUGCCCCAAGCCAGCCGCCCGCGUGGGUCCCCUCCGGCGGGAACGGCGAGGGCCAGGCCGCGCUGAGCCCCUCGCUCACGGGCUCCACCAGGAUGAGCCCCUCCACCUCGGGGCACAGCACGCCGGCCACGGGGCUCAGCGCCGCGCAGCUGCAGCACGUGCGGGAGCAGAUGGCCGCUGCUCUCCGGCAGCUCCGGGAGCUGGAGGAGCAGGUGAAGACCAUCCCCAUCCUGGAGAUGAAGAUCUGCGAACUCAAGCAGGAGAAGGAGAAGCUGCUGGAGAAGCUGUCCGUGGAGCCCAGCGAGGCUUUCCGCUCGCCCUCGCGGCUGCCCAGCGCCGGGGCGGUCAGCGGGGGCGAGCUGGAGAGCGACGCGGAGCCGGCCAAGGCGCGAGUGAGUAAAAUCGCGGAGCUGAGGAAGCUCACGGAGAAGCUGUCCGUGUCGGAGCGGAACGGAAAAGGCAGUCGGGCCGCCGGGAGGCCGUGCCGCUCCGUGGCCGUGGGCGAGGACCGGGACAUGAGCGACGCCGUCUUCUACUACCGGUCGCAGCGGCCGGGCUGCUCGGCGCCGGCCGGAGGGGAGAGGGAGAGGAGGGACGUCGCGGUGUGGGUGCUGGAGUCCUCGCUGGGGCUCCCCACCGAGGCCGAGAGGGAGCUGGAGCUGCUGCAGCACACGGUCGGCCACCAAAAGGAGGUGAUCGCCCUGAUGGAGGGCCACCUGCGGGAGGCCACGCGGGAGCUGGAGGAGCUGCGGCUGGAGGUGUGCGCCCGCCGGCCGCGGGCGCUCGCGGACAAGGAGGUCACGGCCAAGCCGCAGGUGGCCGAAGCGCUCGUGGAGGCGGCGGUGCCGACGCGGAGCCAGGCCGCCGGCGACCCCGUGGAGAUGGCGGACCGGGGCGUGAGCUGCUCGCCGCCGACCGCCUCCGUCGGAGUCGGGUGCCGCCUCGAAGGGAAGGACGCGGCGGUGGGACGCGCGGAGAAGGGCGUCCAGGCCGACGGAGGGGCCGCGGAGCCGGACCGCGGCGCGGCCGACGCCGGAGGCGGCCGGAGACAUCCCGAAGAGCGCGGUGCCACCGAGCCGGAGCCGGGAAGGAAGGAGGGCGCCGGGCCGGGCAUCCCGGCGGCGCCGGAGACGGGCCACGAGGAUGCGGCGGCGGGGGACGGCGGAGCCCCCCCCAGCCCGGCGGCCGGAGCCCUCAAGUCCAUCAUGAAGAAGCGGGACGGCGCCACGGGCAGGAGCGAGGCCGAAGGCAGCAAGAAGAGCCUGCAGUUCGUCGGGGUGCUGAACGGCGAGUACGAGAGCACAUCCAGCGAGGAGGAGGAGGACGAGGAGGAGGAGGACGAAGGAGACAGCUCCUCCGAGAAGCUCUCGGCCGACAGCUCCGGCAGCGACGCGCAGGACGACGCGGACACCUCGGACGAGGGGGGCGAGAGCGACGCGGGCAGCCCGGAGCAGGGGGACGGGGACGGCGCCUCCGUGCCGGAGCCCGCCGAGGUGAAGGAGAAGUUCGAGCUGAGCCCCCGAAUGCGGGAGGCCUGUCUCAUCGUCAAGAGCCACCUGGGCCACCCCGGCGCAGCCAAGAGCAAAGAGGCGCUCGCCAGCAGCAGCCUGGUGCUCCAGGAGUGGUUCCGCGUGUCCAGCCAGAAGUCAUCCGUCCCCGACACCGUCGCCAACCACCUCCUGGCCUUCGCCGAGGUCUCGCCGGCCCUCCUGGCCCACGUGGUCAACCUGGCGGAUGGGAACGGCAACACGGCUCUGCACUACAGCGUCUCCCACUCCAACUUCCACAUUGUGCGGCUGCUGCUGGACACCGGGGUCUGUAACGUGGACCACCAGAACAAAGCCGGCUACACAGCCCUCAUGCUGGCGGCGCUGGCAGCGGUCGAGCAGGAGGAGGACAUGAACGUGGUCAGGAGACUCUUCAGCAUGGGCAACGUCAACGCCAAGGCGAGCCAGGCCGGCCAGACGGCGCUCAUGCUGGCCGUCAGCCACGGCCGGCAGGAGAUGGUGGAAGCCCUGCUCGCGUGCGGAGCUGAUGUGAACCUGCAGGACGAGGAGGGCUCGACCGCGCUGAUGUGCGCCUGCGAGCACGGCCGCGUGGAGACGGUGAAGCUGCUCCUGGCUCAGCCCACCUGCAACAUCUCCAUCGUGGACAGCGAUGGUAACAACGCUGUUGCCAUCGCGCUGGAGGCCGGCCACAGCAACAUCGCCGUGCUCCUGUACGCCCACCUCAACAGCACGAAGACACAGCCACCGCAGGGGAUGUCACCAACAGGCACCAAAAGUCCUGGGAAUCCAAAGAAACCAAAUUAGAGCAACCUUCAGAUCCAGUGCAUACUCAGCUGGUUUCCAUCACUGCUGGGCUGUAAUUUAUGUCCUCCCUCCUGCCACUCCUGUGUGCUGUAUCACUCCCUGAGGCUGCAGAGGUUUUUAUUCUACUAUCAGCAGAGCAGGCACCAUCCCUUGGGCUCGCUCUCCUGCGUCUGCUGAAGGGAGCAGCCUGCACUCGACUGCCUCCUUCUGCAAAGUGACAGAAGAGCUAAAAGUCAAGUGACCUUGGGGUAGGAAAUGCAGUGAGCUGAAGCCAGCCCUGUCCCCUCCCGGUCCCCAUCAGCCCGGGUUCUCAUCACAAUCCCCGGAGCUGUGCCAGCUUGGAGCCCUCUGCAAGUCACAACAACAGAAAACAAACCCAGCCAAAACAGCACACGGUUUGCUCUCUGCAAGCUCCCGGCAGCUUGGAGAAGGCAGCGGAGCGAGCGUCGGGAAGCAGGGCUGCGAGAGGGCGAACUCCAGCUCAGCAGGCAGAAGAUGCAGAACCAGAGACUGCAUCCAGCACUUCUCUCCUACCUGGCGGUGCCUCUGACACAAGCCGGCAUGUCGUCCAGCCUCUGGCAGCUGCAAGCUCUGGUAGUAAAUCUGUCACCAGACCUAGCAGAACAUGCUUUUGUCUUUUCUUCCCUCAGAAGAAAUGAAAAACUUGCAGGUUUCAGUGUUUUUAAAUGGAAGACUGACACCAACACCCCACCCCACCCCCAGCUAAAGCCAAUAGGAAAAGGUCAAACUAAGCAUUUUUGCCAGGGAAGAAAAGUGCAAGAUCUCACCAAAUUGCCUGCUUGAAUUCCUCUUGGUCUCCAUCGCUUCCGCGGGCUGGGGAAGGCAGAGCCUCACUGAUUGACCAGGGAGGGGACACAGGACAGCUGAUUACCACCGCCUUAUAAAUACGCUGGGAGCACUUCCCAACUCAAAUACUUGCUCUCUUUAUUGUCUGGCAUUUCCUUUCCCAGCUGACACCUGAAUUUUCCAUAGCACAUGAACAUGAAAAAAGAAUUAUAUUGCUUAGUCAAAAAGCACAGUUCAUCAUCGGAUCAGUCAAUGCUUUGCUUUGCUCAUCAGGAGCAAAUCUGGCUGCUCAAGGCUGCAGCCAGCACGUUGACAGAAGGUGGCCACCAGCCAUGAAUUCAGAGCUGGAGACUGCGCGCAGCCCUUACCCCACCUGGGAGCAGGGGCCUUCCCUAGAGGGAGACAGAAAUUACCCUGUAAACAUUGACCAUUCUAAACUCUUACCUACUGUGAAGACAGCUAGAGCCAACACGUAAGUCCCUUUCUGCCCACUUUCCUUCUCAAGGGGGAGGAGAGUGGCUGAGGAUAGCUCCAGGAAGGAGCUGUGAGGGUUCAGAAAGCCUAGGGCCUGUCAAGACGGAUGUGGAUGUAAACGUAUGCGUUUGUGUCUGUGUGCACGUGUGUGUGUGUGCAGCAAGCCAGGUGGGAACACACGAGGUAAGGACUAAGGACUGGGAGAAUAAAAGGCUUUUGCAUGCGAAGCAGGCUCUGCUCUCAGAAUCCUUCACAAAGAAGGAAAGCAGUGCCGCAGCCUCCACUUCUGUUCUUGGCCCAUCUUCCUCUCUUAACGUUGCUUUUGCACCACACAGACCUGGUCUGAGCCAUACUAUAAGCGGGGAAAUACUCCCCAAUAAACCUGUUCUGGGCAAUACACCCUGCUGUUCUUGCUGUGGACCUGUUUCAGCUUUGCACAGAGCUUAAUCUAAGAUGCUCACAGCAACACCCUAGUACACUGCUCUGUAUGUAACUCAUAUUCACUGCUUUGGUUUCACAUUUGUUUACUGAUAUUUUAAUAUUGAUGUUUAUUUUUAAGAUACAAAUAAAAUUUAAAGUAAAAUUA